AUGUCGCAAUGGACUUUCUCCGCUGUUCGAGUACAUCUUACCGCGGGAAGCCGUGGCAGUACUGGUGUACAUACACCCAAUGUACUCGCUUUAUUACUAUUACCAGUACUUUGCCUUGUUGGACUUAUUGGAAAUGCUAUGGUAUGUAUUGCUAUCGCAACCGAUCGACGUUUACACAACGUCACCAAUUAUUUCCUAUUCUCACUAGCUCUAGCUGAUCUACUUGUAUGUUUACUGGUUAUGCCAUUGAGUAUUAUCGUCGAGGUCAAACAUGGUGUUUGGACGUGGAACGUGUCAUUAUGCCUGCUUUAUGUGUAUGCUGAUGUAUUCCUAUGUAGUGCCAGUAUAGUUCAUAUGUCAAUUAUAUCCCUUGAUCGCUACCUGGGCAUAUCGCAACCUCUUCGAACCCGGAAUAAAUCGAAGACGAUGAUUAUUGUGAAGAUUUGUCUUGUAUGGAUCAUUACCUUGAUCGUCUCCUGCCCUAUAGCGAUCCUGGCCUCAUACGAUCAUACCUAUAUCCUGCGAAAUAAUUCCUGUAUGAUAUUCAGCCGCCAUUAUAUCAUCUACGGUUCAACUCUAACCUUCCUUAUACCAUUCUGUAUAAUGUUCAUCACUUACCUACGUACUACUACAUUACUCAACAAGCAGGCAUCAAUCCUUAGUCAAAAGGCCAAUGAUAAGCUGAACGGAAAUGGACUGCGUCGCACAAUGCCACAUAGGAAACUGGGACAAGUUCGACGAACGUCAACCAGUCCAGCUACCACAUAUAGCAGUAGCACAUUUAAGUCAAGUUUAUAUGGUCCGAAAACAAGCACGAUGAGCUGUUCAAAUGGAUAUCAUAACUCAGUGGCCGAAAUGGAAGCGUCCCCAAUGCCUCAACUGACGCCGACAUCAACGGAAAACCAUAACCUUUUACAGCAUAAAUCAUUCCCCAAACGAUCGACUAUUUAUCGUUGGAAAUCAAAAACUUCCAGCUAUUUGACGAAUAUCGCACAAAAAGUCGGUCGGCGAAAUUCGUUGCAGGUCAGUGCACUCACAUUUUAG